AUGGCAUACUUCAGUACUGCUGAUCUCACUCCUGCUGAACUUCAGGAUUUAGCAUUUUUGCGUGCUCGCCGUUCUGGUAUCAAUGAGGAUGUCGAAGAAAUUCGUUCAGAAUUAGACGAAAUCAAUGCACAGCUAGCAACAAUUGAUAUUCCUGACGAAGAAUAUAGUCCGAAUGGAAGGCAUAUGUCUACAGCUCGAAAGAAUUUUAAUAUGGAUCCCAAAAAGGGCAUGGAAUAUAUGAUUCAGCAUAACCUCAUUCGUAAUUCACCACUCUCAGUUGCUGAAUUCCUGUACAAAGGAGAAGGAUUGAGAAAAAGUGCUGUUGGUGAUUAUUUGGGGGAAAAUAAUCCAUUUAAUUUGGAAGUGCUAGAAAAGUUCUGCGAACUGCAUGAUUUCACAGAUCUCAUUUUGGUGCAAGCUCUCAGGCAAUUUUUUUGGUCAUUUCGUUUACCCGGUGAAUCACAGAAAAUUGAUCGCAUGGUUAAUGCAUUUGCACGACGUUACUGUACAAACAAUCCAGGAGUUUUUUCUAGUGUUGAUACGUGCUACAUAUUGUGUUUUGCUAUCGUAAUGUUGAAUACUGCACUCCAUAAUAGAAAUGUGAAAACUCCUCUAACAUUAGAUGGUUUCAUAACAAUGUAUCAUGGUAUCGAUGAAGGAAGAGACGUUCCAAAAGAAUUAUUGGAAACUAUAUAUGAAUCCAUUCGGACUGAGCCUUUCCAGUUUCCAACAGAUGAUGGCGAAUUUUACAAUACUUUUUUCAACCCAGAUCGUGAAGGGUGGUUGUUGAAACAAGCAUCGUCACAGUUGGCUACAACACGUCCCUUUUUGAAAUCAUGGAAAAGGCGAUGGUUCAUUUUAGCGGAAAAAUGCCUAUAUUAUUUUGAGCAUACAACAGCUAAAGAACCACGUGGAAUUAUACCUUUAGAAAAUGUUCGUGUUCGUCCGGUUGAAGAAAAAGGCAGGCCAUACUGUUUUGAAAUUUACAGUGACAGCAGUGAGAUAAUUAAAGCUUGUAAAACUGAACCUGAUGGUAGAGUAGUUGUUGGACGACAUACAUCUUACAAAAUGUGUGCAUUUUCACAAGAAGAGAUGAAUCAGUGGAUAAAUGCCAUUGAGCGAUCGAUAAAUUACGAUCCAUUUUAUCAGAUGCUGCAACUUAAGAAAAUGAAAUUGAAAAAUAAAACCUAA